CUAACUGGUUCGCAUCUCACCGGCCAAAUUGGGGCCUCAGAGUUAUCAGUUAAGGCGGCACGGGCGCAUGUUAGAUUGUUAGUAACAACUUGAAUAAAAAGAGAUAUUCAACCGGCACGAGGAAGUGGUGGAGUGUUCGCAGAAAUGGAGGAUGAAGAAGCAGAGAUCUACGACGGAAUCAGAGCACAGUUCCCUCUCUCCUUCGGCAAGCAAACAAACCAGCACACCUCUCUCGAGGCCAUACACAGCGCCACCCGGCGCACUGUAGAUUCCUCAUCCCACUCCCCUGCUAACAAGGGCCUCCCUUCUCUCUCUUCCCCUUCCAAGGCCUGGUUGAAGGACCUCAGAAACCCUAACCCUAGUUCCCGCCACCACGGAGAUGCUAAGCCCAGUUCUUCCGCCCAUGAAAACCAGCGCUCUGAGGAUCGAAAUUCGGCGUUCGGGAAACCCAGUUCGACCGCUGAUAAUGGGUCGAAAGGUCGUGUCGACGGUGAGGAUUUGAAGGAUGAUGAGGUGAUGGUUGGUCCUCCUCAGCCGACUUCGAAUUUAGCUGAUGAAGAUGGGGUGAUGAUUGGACCUCCUCGGCCGCCACCGAGUUCGAAUUUUGCAGAUGAAGAUGGGGAGGAUGAUGCGAUGAUGAUUGGGCCUCCUCGGCCGCCGCCGGGUUCGAAUUCUGCAGAUGAAGACGGGGAGAGUGAUACAGUGAUGAUAGGACCUCCUCGGCCACCGCUAUCUUCGGAUUUGGCUAAGUCGGAUUCAGAUGAUGAUUCGGAUGAAGAAGCAGAAGAGGAUCGAUAUAAGAUUCCACUCAGUAAUGAGAUUGUCUUGAAGGGGCACACUAAGGUUGUUUCAGCCCUUGCUAUUGAUCAUUCAGGAUCGAGGGUUAUUUCUGGUAGCUAUGACUAUACAGUCCGUAUGUAUGACUUUCAAGGAAUGAAUUCUCGGUUAGCAUCAUUUAGACAGCUGGAACCAUUUGAAGGACACCAAGUCCGUAGUUUAAGUUGGAGUCCAACCGCAGACAAAUUUUUAUGUGUGACUGGCUCAGCUCAGGCUAAGAUUUAUGACCGUGAUGGACUUACUUUGGGUGAGUUUGUAAAGGGAGAUAUGUAUAUUCGUGAUUUAAAGAACACUAAGGGGCAUAUAUCUGGAUUGACUUGUGGAGAGUGGCAUCCUAGAAUGAAAGAGACCAUUUUAACAUCAUCAGAUGAUGGAUCACUGCGUAUUUGGGAUGUUAAUGAUUUCAAAAGUCAAAAACAGGUUAUCAAACCCAAACUUGCAAGGCCUGGAAGAGUCCCAGUUACAACAUGUGCUUGGGAUCGUGAGGGAAAAUGCAUUGCUGGUGGUAUAGGUGAUGGCUCCAUUCAGAUAUGGAACCUUAAGCCUGGAUGGGGAAGCAGACCAGAUAUCCAUGUUGAAAAAGGACAUGAAGAUGAUAUUACUGCACUUAAGUUCUCGAGUGAUGGGCGGAUUCUGCUGUCAAGAAGCAUGGAUAGUUCACUGAAGGUAUGGGAUUUACGGCAAAUGAAAAAACCUGUUCAAGUCUUUGGGGAUCUCCCUAGUCAUUAUGCCCAAACAAAUGUUGCAUUUAGUCCUGAUGAGCAGCUCAUUUUUACUGGAACCUCAGUUGAGAGAGAACAAACAACUGGAGGCUUGCUUUGCUUCUUUGACCGAGCAAGACUUGAACUUGUGUCCAAAGUGGGUAUAUCUCCAACUUUCAGUGUUGUGCAGUGUGCCUGGCAUCCAAAGUUAAAUCAGGUCUUUGCUACGGCUGGGGACAAAAGCCAAGGAGGAACACACAUACUAUAUGAUCCAUCUCUGAGUGAGAGGGGAGCUCUUGUGUGUGUUGCACGUGCACCAAGGAAGAAGUCUGUCGAUGAUUUUCAUGCAGACCCUGUUAUUCACAACCCUCAUGCAUUGCCUUUAUUUAGAGAUCAGCCUAGCCGCAAACGUCAACGAGAGAAAGCACUGAAGGACCCCAUUAAGUCCCAUAGACCUGAACUUCCAGUAACAGGACCGGGCUUUGGUGGAAGGGUUGGUUCUACUAAAGGAAGCUUGUUGACCCAGUAUCUGCUCAAGCAAGGUGGUAUGAUCAAGGAGACAUGGAUGGAGGAAGAUCCUAGAGAAGCUAUAUUGAAAUAUGCUGAUAUUGCAGCAAAGGACCCAAAGUACAUCGCACCAGCAUAUGCAGCAACCCAACCUGAGCCAGUUUUUGCAGAGUCAGAUGCUGAGGAUGAAGAAAAGUCAUAGAUCAGUCCAAGUGAUUAUCAGCCUUUCAGGAUCAUGCAUGCUGUGAGAGAAACUGCUGCUCGAUGUCAUGUCGAUGGUUCUGACUUCCAAGGACGAAAAGAAAUUCUAGUGGUUGACACUUGACAGCCUACUGAUAUCUAGGUGCAUCACAUUCACAUGUGCAUUUUUGUCAAUCUCUCACGAUGGUUCGAACAUUACUAGAGAUCGGCGCAUUCUGCCCUGCGAGACUAAAGUCAAACGCCGAAACCGUCUUAUGGUUAUGGGCACUGUGGUUCAUGCUUGAAAGCUCGGCUCUUUGUUUCAGGAUUCAGGAAUCAGGAUGACUGGAGCUUCCUUUGAAAAUUUUAUGGCUUCCUCCAUCUUUAAGUUGAAACAAAUAUGUAGGCUUAAAUAUUUUUGCCCCGCUUACUGAAAAGUUAUCUUUUCUGUCAUUUACAUCAAAACAAUAGAACAUCUCGACUAGUCCCACUGGAAGAUGAGCGUCAAUCAAAUAUCAAUGGACACUGACUCGAUGCUUAAAAGCUCGGAACUGCUUGGCUCUACAUUCCAACUGCCAAAGAGAGUACUAGUAGAGGCUUCCCUGACCUGUACGAUAAAUAUGGGGUUUGAUGUUAAGAAUGGGUGGUAAAAGAAAAUUGGCUUC